AUCGGUUGUGUUGGUAGUUGAUUUGUAAUACAACCAACAUCAAUUAAAGGUGCUUUGUGAAAAGGUAGCAGAUAUACCACUGCCUAGAAACCGGAAAUUGAGUGAAGUUCAAUUGGCAAAUUUGUAUAUGUGAAAAUUGAAUUAAUUAAGUAUAUUAAUUUGUUGAGUGAAAUUAAAAUUAAAUUUAAAUUAAAGAAAAGUAAAAUAAUUUCUAUGGAUAAUUCCAAUUUGAAAAUAUAAUCUUUCGAAUUGUGAAAAUUUUAACUCAAUUGGUUUAACUUUUACGACUCGUUGGGAAUUGCUAACAACUACUUGCAUACAGUUAACAAAGAGCCAACGUUCGAAUACGAGAACAUGGAUACUCCAAGCAAAAACAAUUGUUGAAGCUAAGCGUUGCGGUAUUUAUUGGCAGCGCUGCUUAGCGCAUCAGUGUGCCGAUGGCGCGCUUGUGUGAGUGUGUACCAGCAGUAUGUGUAUGUACGUACUAACCACUAUUUCUACCUGGAUUUACCUGUUUAAAGUAAAAAUAAUUUGUGUGUAGCAAAGUUUUUUUUUAUACAUACCUAUAUAUAAACGAAAGAUAGUGGAAGCAAUAGAACGAAAUAAACGAAACGAGUUUAACAAAAAUUCAAUUGGAAAUAACUUAAUUAUUAAGUUUAUGCUACUUACGUAUGUGCAUUGUUUCGUGUGCGAUGAAGGUUUUAAAAGUGAACUUAUAAAUUUAUAGCUAUAAAGCAAAGAGCAGAGUGUAAUAACAACUACAGCAAAGAUAUUUCGAAUAAUAAGUUAAUCUGUCUCUAGAUUAGUUACAUAGCUUUAUGUAAAUAUUCAUACCUACAUACAAAUUUGUUCAAAUGAAUGUGCACUUAAAUUGCCGUGUGCCUUAUAUUCAACUGUGUUUUCUUGUUUGUUUAUAGCGCCGUUUCCAUGAUAAUGCAGCCGACGCUUACAACAAAACUAACAGCAGCUGACAUAAUUGGAAACACUUUUGGAGCGCAUAUACAACGACGUCAGCGGCAGUGAGAAUAAAUAAAUACAAAUACAUGAUAUACAUAUAUACUACAGUUAAAAUAAAAAUAAGAAACGCCGUUCGAAAGUAACAUCGAUUAUGAAAGGUACUAAAUGUGCAUAGUACAUAACAUGAUAAAAGUGAAUAUACAGAUAUAAUAAGGCAAUGUUAAUUAAAAAGAAAGAAGUGUAGAGCGGUGAAAAAAUUCGUUGGUGCUCAAGUGUGCAAACGACAGCAUUUGCUGAUCAUGCAGGGAAAUGAAAGGUGAAUGAAUAAUAAAUACUGGGUGACUCAUACACAGUGAAUUUAAAAUAUCUAAUUAUUGUGUGCCUAUACGAGAGAGGAGAGGAGAAAAAAUCUCAAAUACAUAUCAAAGGAUUAACCACGGUAGUAAAUCUAAAAUAUACAAAUUUUUUUACAUUUUUUUCAUUUGUACCCGUGUUCUAAGAGUGUAAUGCAACGAAAUGUCGCCACAACACUUUCAAUCACAAUCGGAAACACAAAUUUACCACCUGCAACAGUAUCGGCAAACUUACCAGCGUCCACGAAAGCAUUUAUGUCGAAAAUUACACAAAUAUCACACAAUUGCCUUUGCUCUAGCAUUGGUCAACUUGCAUACAGUGGCUUUGGUUUCCGCCUACAUAGGCGGGUCCGAUGCUGCUUUGGCCAAAAGUCACAGAGAUGACCCCUUCUCCGCAUUUUACACACCCGCCGCCACAAAUGUAUCAAUAGAUGCACAUAAUUCAACAUACGUUUCGAACAAUCUUAUAAGGCAACGACGUUCACCCAAUCCUGCCCCCGACUCGGUUAGUUCACUAUAUUCGGCAUUACCAGCAGCGCGUACGGGUAAUUCGGCUAUCUAUUUUAGUAGAUCGUCAUCGUCGGCGGUAACGCAUGAAAAUGCCAAACAGUAUAGAGAUAACCGCAAGCCGGCGUUCAAAAAGUGUGCUAGCUACAAGCCGUCCGUUAGAGAAGAAGAGCCGGAAAAUACUUUUGUUAUAAUGGUGCAAGCGGAAGAUCCCGAUUCGGAUCAAGAAAUCAAAUAUAGUCUCGUGCAAUCGGCAACAGAACGUUCCAAAUUCCAUAUUGAUCCAAAGUCGGGUGUAAUCGUAACGACGCAUCGUUUCGAUCGCGAUGAGCCAACAUACGAAAAAAUGGUCUAUGUGACAGUGCAGGCGACAGACAAUGGUAAUCCGCAACUAGACGAUGUAUGCACAUUUAAAGUAGUUAUUGAAGAUGUAAAUGACAAUGCUCCGGUUUUCAACAAAGCGCGUUAUGAUGAGUCUAUAUCAGAAGAUAAACAGCCUGACGCAAUUGUAAUGCGCAUCUCGGCCAGUGACUUGGAUGAUGGCAAUAAUAGUAUUAUCGAAUACGAAAUCUUACCCGUUCGUGAUCAUUUGUAUUUCAAAAUCGACAAAGCAGCGGGUAUUAUUUACCUAAACCGUCCAAUCGAUAAACGUCCCGGACAAUAUUAUACAAUUACGGUGAAUGCCUACAAUCCCACGAACCCAAUGAGUCUCGAAUCUAAGCAAGAAUCACAAAUUGAAGUGAGAAUACGUGUUGUAGAGUCAUCAAAGAAACCACCGUCCUUUGUAGAUCCCAUCGAGGAUCCGAUUUACCUAAAGGAAGACUACAGAAACUAUUCCACACCCAUAGCUACGCUACGUGCCGUCUCAAAUGUGCCCGACAAGCCGGAAGUGAUAUUCGAAUUGGUCACAGGUCGCACCGAACAGACAAAUAGUAAAAAGACAUUCGUGUUCAAUCAGACCGGUACAACGGUAACAAUCGGUUUGGGCAAAAUACUCGAUUAUGAAUCUGUCACAGAAUACACGCUGACAAUGAUAGCGCGUAACACAUAUGAUCUGGUUGCCGAGCAUGUAAUUAAGAUUAAAGUUGUAGACGUGAAUGACAACAUCCCCUACUUUACGGAGGUGAACAAAGGCACGCUGUUGGAGAACGAAUUGCCCGGCACACCGGUGAUGCAGGUACGUGCUUUCGACAUGGACGGCACGGAAGCAAAUAAUAUUGUGUCCUUUGAGUUGGCCGAUAAUCGUGAAUAUUUCAAAAUUGAUCCACACACAGGCAACAUAACGGCAUUGACCACGUUCGAUCGUGAAGAACGUGACUUUUACAAUGUGAAAGUGAUUGCAAGCGACAAUUCGCCUUCGAGUUUGUACAACAACGGCGAACCGAAUCGGGGCCAGCAAGUUUUUCGCAUUGAAAUUGCCGACAAGAACGAUCACAAGCCACACUUCCAGCUAGCGGAAUACGUACACGAUAGUCUGCCUGAAGAUGCGAAUAUCAAUUUCAUAGUGACCGAAGUGGAGGCUGUUGAUGAGGAUAACACCGCGCAAAUUGUCUACACCAUCGAGAGUGGCAAUGUGGGUAAUGCGUUCAAAAUUGAAAAGAAGACAGGUCAGAUCACAGUUAAUCAACGGCUGGAUUAUGAAAACAUUACCGAAUAUGUGCUAAAGAUACGCGCAUUCGAUGGAAUUUACGAUGACUAUGCUACCGUUACGAUAAAAAUUGCGAAUGUCAAUGAUAAUCCGCCGGAAUUCAAAGAGAAGUAUUCCAUAACCAUAAAAGAGGAAAUGGUUUAUGACUAUUGUAUACUAAAUGUGGAAGCCUACGAUCCGGAUAUUAAAGAUCGUACUGCCGAUCAGCAUAUAAAGUACUCCGUCGUUAAGGAGGAGCAAAAGAAGAUGAUAUCGAUUGAUAAUGAUGGCUGUGUUAAACUGAUUCAACCACUAGAUCGUGAUCCACCAGACGGCCAUAAGAGUUGGCAGAUGCUGAUUGCAGCUGUCGAUGAGGAUGGGCAAGGUUUGAAGUCGGUAACACAUCUGACCAUCGAUUUGGAGGAUAUCAACGAUAAUGCGCCAUUCUUAGUGAAUAAGAUGCCUGUUAUAUGGCAGGAGAACCGCAAUCCCGGGCAAGUUGUGCAAUUGCAAGCAGAUGAUUAUGAUGAAAAACAAAACGGUCCACCGUAUACGUAUGGCAUCGAUAGCGAGGCAUCAGCAGAUAUUAAGACGAAAUUUAGCAUCGAUAAUGAUUAUCUUUUUGCAAAUGUGCAAUUCGAUCGUGAGGAGCAAAAGGAGUACUUCAUACCGAUAAGAAUAAGUGAUUCCGGCAAGCCAAAGCAAAGUAAAGUCAGUAUUUUACAUUUGAUUAUUGGUGAUGACAAUGAUAAUGCCAUGUCAGAGGGUUCCUCGCGUAUUUUCGUCUACAAUUACAAGGGUGAAGCACCCGAUACGGAUGUGGGCCGGGUGUUUGUUGACGAUCCCGAUGAUUGGGAUCUCGAUGAUAAAGAGUUCCGUUGGAAGAACGGCUUUCCACACGAUAAUUUCCGUUUGAAUCCGAGUACCGGCAUGAUAACUAUGUUGGAGCGUACACAAGAGGGUGAAUAUCUACUGGAGUUCGUUGUCACCGAAGAGUCAACCUUCAUACCACGACACUCUGUUGAUGCUGAUGUUACGGUUAUUGUGCGUGAAUUGCCCGAAGAAGCUGUGGAUAAGAGUGGCAGUAUACGUUUCUACAAUGUGACCAAGGAGAACUUUAUCAGUGUGCCACGUGACGCGCAAGCCGACGAUUCGCUUUCACUCAAAGAUCGUCUACAAUAUUCACUAGCAAAGCUAUUCAACACCUCGGUGACAAACGUAGAUGUUUUUACGGUAUUACAAAAUGCCAACAACACACUAGAUGUACGCUACUCCGCACAUGGCUCACCAUAUUAUGCGCCCGAAAAGUUGAACGGCAUCGUUGCGCAGAAUCAACAAAAACUCGAACGUGAGUUGGGUCUGCAAAUGCUGAUGGUAAAUAUUGAUGAAUGUCUAAUCGAAAAAUAUAAAUGCGAGUCCUCGUGUAUGAACACACUACACAAAUCGAAUAUACCGUACAUGAUCUACUCGAAUACGUCGUCGUUUGUCGGUGUGACCGCGUUCAUUGAGUGGCAUUGCGUUUGUGAGGCGCGUAUAAGCACUUAUUGCUUGAACGGCGGCACGCCACGCAUUGGUGAGAACGACAUGUGCGACUGUAUUGAUGGCUUCACGGGACCACAUUGCGAGUUGGUCUCUGUUGGUUUCUAUGGCAAUGGGUAUGCCUUCUAUGAGCCCAUAUCGCCGUGUGAGAAUACUAAAAUCAGUCUCGAGAUAGCGCCGCAAACCGAUCAAGGUCUAAUUAUGUAUUUGGGUCCCUUGAAUUACAAUCCACUUUUGCCACUAACCGACUUCUUAUCACUCGAGCUGGUCAAAGGUUAUCCCACUUUGACGGUGGACUACGGCACUGGUGCAAUACGCAUAGAACAUCGACACGUACAACUGCAGGUGGGUAAAUCCUAUCAAUUGGACAUUAUACUACAAAAGACCAGCGUUGAGAUGGUAGUGGACAACUGUAGACUUUCGACAUGCAUCAGUUUGGGUGCGCCACAAGGUCCAAACGAAUUCCUCAACGUCAAUGCACCGCUGCAAUUGGGCGGGACACCUGUGGACCUGCUGCAACUGGGUCAGAAACUCAAUUGGACAUAUACGCCCAGUCGACAAGGUUUCUUCGGCUGCAUACGCAACUUGACCGUCAAUAAUCAUACCUACAAUCUCGGCACGCCUGCCAUAUCGCGUAACAUCGACUCGGGUUGUCAGCGUGCCGUUGCUGUGGCGGUUAGUUUUGGCAUUGAUCGUAACUUUAUUAUCGCCAUUGUGGCGUGCAUAUUGCUGCUGCUGAUAAUACUCUUGGCUGUGGUGGUGCAGAAGAAGCAGAAGAAUGGUUGGCAUGAAAAAGAUAUUGACGACAUAAGAGAAACGAUUAUCAAUUACGAAGAUGAGGGUGGCGGCGAACGUGAUACUGACUAUGAUCUUAAUGUGUUGCGUACGCAACCCUUCUACGAGGAGAAACUCUACAAAGAUCCACAUACGCUGCAGGCGAUGAAAGAUCCCAAUAAUGAGAUACCCGAUAUUGGUGGAUUUUUGGGUGAUAAAAAGGAGAAUUGUGAUCGCGAAGCGGGCACAUAUCCGGUGGACGAUGUGCGAAACUAUGCAUACGAGGGUGAUGGUAACUCAGACGGCAGUCUCUCCAGUCUGGCGUCCUGUACUGAUGAUGGUGAUCUCAAUUUUGACUAUUUGUCGAAUUUCGGACCACGUUUCCGCAAAUUGGCCGACAUGUAUGGCGAGGAGCCGUCCGAUACCGAUUCGAAUGUGGAUGACGAUCAGGGUUGGCGUAUAUAGAAUUAUUUAUGGAGCUGAAACUUCCAAAAUGAGAUGACAUUUCAUACAGAAAGGAAAAGACUUUAAUAAUUAAGCGUGUAUUUUAUACGUAUAUAUAUAUAUACAAGCAUACAUACAUCCAUACAUAUAUAUACACUUACUACAUACAUAUGUACAUUGGCGCUCGUCUUAAUUUAAUAUCUUUUUUUUUUAUAUUACGAUAAUUAUUAAUAAUUUAAAACGAAAAAAGUGAUGAAUAUAACUAAUAAGUAUAAGACAUUGAAAAACCGAAUGUAAAAGAGCAUAGGAAAAACAGAAAAAAAAAUUUCGCUGAACAAAUGUAUAUUUGUAUUAGAAUAUGAUAGCUUGUAUUUUCUUGUUUUUUGAUAUAUGUAUGUAUAAACAAUGGGCGACAAUAUCAUGAACGAUUAUAUUCCAAGAAGGAAAUUAAAAUAUAGAACACAUACACAAGCAUAUGUAAAAAACAAAAACACUAAAAAUAAUAAAUUUGUUGGGGAGAAAAAAAAAAUAAAUUAUUGAAACAAACACGAAUAAAGCAUUUAGUUAACUUUAAAAUUAUUUUAAUUUCCGUUUUUAUUUUAAUUAUUUAUGUUAUUUCGUAUGAAAACGUCUUCGAUUACAUUCAAAGUAUUUAAAUUAAAAAAUAUUAAAUAUAAAUAAAUAAAAAACAAUUUAAACAAUAAGGCGGCGUAUUGUUAACAUAAUGGUAGUUUAAGUGAACUUAAAAAGGCAGUUAAAAACUAAAUUAAAAUAAAAUAAAAAAAAAAUUAAAAUAAAGUAAUUAAUUAAGGUCGCCAAGUUCCGUAGGGAAAUCUUCCUGUCCACUUGAUUUCCAUACACACAGACACCCACACACACACAAGUUUCUAAUAUACAUACAUAUAUACAUAGUACGAGUAUGUAUAGCAUUAGCUUAGCUCGUUGUAUAGAGCUAAAGCAUAUGAGUUACAAAUAAAUUACAAAUAAUGACCGUUAUUUAAUUAAAUGUUACACAAAUGCGGACAAACAAAUAUAAAUACAUAAUUAAAUAUAAGUGAUGAGUGCGCGUUUUUAGCUUAUUAUUAUUUUUUAUUUUUAUCAAAUUAUGUGGUCCACAAAAUUUACACACCUUACAAGUAUGUAAAUGUGUUCAAGUAUUUAUCCAAAACAUUCGAAAAAUCAUUAAAAAAAAUAUAUCAAAAAAAUAUUAAAAAAAAAAACAAAUAAAUUAAAAAAAAAAAAUAAUAAAAAAUUGCAAACAGCCACUUGUAGUUAUAAUAAUUAGUUAUUAUAGUUAUACAUACAAACAAGUAAACAGAAAUACAAGUCCACAUACGAAUAUUUGUUUAUAGGCACUUUAAUGUAACUACUAAUAUUAGACUUAUUAACAAUGCGUGUGAGUGUGCAGCGUUUACCUAUAAACUAAAAAAUAAAAAGAAAGUAAGCAAACACACAAACAUACAUACAUAUAUAUAGACUAUUUUUGUAAGGAUUUGAUUUUUUUUACUGGCCAGAAUUUAUUAAAAAGCAAACUGCAUAAAAUAUAUAUGAUAAAUGUGUGUGAAGCAAUGAGUUUGAGAAUCAAAAUAAAAAAGAAAAGGAAAAGAUUUAAAAAA